AUGGUUAACAUUGCUCGCAUGAGGAAGACGGUGGUGAUCGGCUAUGAACAAAAUAAGGGUCUAUGGGACCCAUUUUCCAAUAAUGAACUUGUGUUUUCAGAAAACUUUGAUGAUAAUCAAAGUAGUGGAGUGUCAAAUUGUAAUAAUCAGGAUGGUGAUACAGUUGUUGAUCAAUCAUCAGGUGCAACUGAUGUAGGUAUUGAUGGUAGUCCUAGCUUAGAUGCAACUAUAUCUCAUCAGGAGUCAAUCUCAAGCCGUCUUGGUUCAUUUGGUGCAAUUUGUGAAGAAAUCAAGUGGUUCAAGACAAAUGGCGUCCCUGAACGAAAAUCUAAUGCGUCGAGCCAUCAGCCAGUGGCGGCAACAGUCCGUCUCACUAUCCCAGCUGGCGGAGCAAAACCUGGACCAUUGGUAGUAGGGGGUCUUCAAGGAAACAUGGACAUGGGUAAAAUAAACAACAAUCAUCAUAUGACGCUUAUAAACUUGUUCCAUGAUUUGCCUACUGAUGAUAAUUGGUAUUGGCUUGGAGUUGGUGUCUUGUUACUUUAUGAUUUGGCUUUCAAUAUCAUACUGACUCUCAGUUUGGCUUAUCUUAAUCUUAAGUGUCACUUAUUCAUAUUUCCAUCUCUUACAUUUUUUUUGGAAGUCUGGUGA